AUGUCCCUCUUACUCCAUUUAGUUUCAAGCCAUGGAGGUCGUGGUCGUCCUCUGGAACUGAUAUCGUCACACGAACAGUUCCUGUUCUCGUGCUACUUUAGCGUCAUCACUAGAGCUCAAAAGGACAGCAAAAGAGAACCCAAAAUCCCCACGAAGACCCAAUCCAAAACAAGUCGCCUGCGCCACCAAGUUCAAGCUCGCUGCUUGCAGAGGCCUCUUCGUUUUCUUUGGUCUCACCAGCCGUUGUUCGAGGAGCAGACAUGCGACAUGGACAGGGUUAUCGUCACACCAGUUUCGAGAUAUUCCUUGGUGUACUUUGGUCGCAUUCUCUUGAAUGGUACCCAAUGA